UUUUAUUACACUUGUGUUUACAUCGGAGAGAAAACUGAUUUGUACUACUGGCAUGAGUGUGUGUGAAGGAUUUUCUAAAAGCUGUGACGAGGACGUGUGGCGAACUCCAUGCAGGAAUAAACAUGUACAGUGUACACAGGCAUGUGGGGACGUCCAGUAAUGGAGACGGACAGGAUAGAGAGAAUAGACUGUAACUGCCACUGUACUGUGGUGGAAAUGAGCAGAAAAAUGGGAAACACGUCAGGAUUGGGCAUGGAUUUGAAUAAGGCUUCUCCAAAAGCAGAUGUAGAUUCCGACACGGAGCAGGACUACGACUGCCCCAUCUGUCAGGAGGUUCUGAAAAUGCCCAUCCGCACCAAGAACUGCCACCAUGUGUUCUGUAGGAGCUGUUUUGAGACAGCGGUGAGAAGUCAGGGCCCUCAGUGCCCCAUGUGCCGGAGCCCCGUGUCGGAGAAAGAGCACCAAGCCAGGGAUAUCCAGCAGAGGAUGCGAGAGAAGAAGGGCAGAUGCAGAGCUUGUGGACAAGAGAAAAUUCUCAGCAAGAUGAGGCUCCAUUACAAAACCUGCAGGAAGUAUAUUGAGGAAUUUGGUCCUAUCAGUGCACCCUCCGUACCGCUGCCUACCCGAACGCCUGACGUCCCACAAAACAGUGUAUUUAUCCCCAACAACUUCAUUCCUGCACCCUCUAACAGUGCAGCGAGGGUGUAUACUUGUCCUUACUGCUCCCUGAUGAACCUCAGUGACAUGGCCCUGGUGCACCACUGCCUUCUUCUCCAUCACCAAGAGCACAGCCGAAACACGAUCGUUUGUCCAAUCUGUGCGUGUAUGCCGUUUGGAGAUGCCAACUACGCCAGCCGCAACUUUCUUGGCCAUUUGAUGCGCAGACACCGCUUCAGCUACACCAACUACGUGAAUGAAAGUGAGGAUGAAGAUGUGCAGCUCUUCUGGGCCCUGCAGACGUCAGUCCACCUGUUUUAAAAAAAACUCUUUUAUUUCUGCCUCGGCAGAGGAAACGCACUUUAGCCGAUUGCUGAAAAGCACAUCAGAAGUCGUUGUUUUACUACUUUUUAUUGUUUUAUUCUAGAUAUUAGAGAACUAUCGUCGAUAUUUAAGCCUUAACUGACGUCUUUUCCCAAAACUGAUCUUUUCUCCAAGCACAAAAUGCAAUUUACAUAUUACUGUAAGGAACUGCUGAACAUCAUCUCACCAUCACUGUUCAUUAGCUCUUCUUUACUUUUUUUGUAACAGACCAUCUGACCAUCGAUUUGCACUGAUUGCUGACUAACAUACUGUAUAAAAAUGAAAUCUCAGGAACGUUUUUAUGAUUCGCACAACAGUUUUACAUUCUCUACAGGACAGCAUCUAUAGCGCUUUGGACAGAUCAACCCUUUAUUAGUUUUAAAAGUAUUUACAUUUUCUAGCCAAAAAAUGUGUUAAAAAUGUACUGUGGGUUGUAAUACAUGGGAAACAACAACAAAAACAAAAGAAAAAACUAAAUAAUCAUGUUGGUAUUAUAGAAAUACAGGCACAAAACAUUUAUUUCAAAUUGUGUAAAAUAUAUACAGUAAAUAAAAAAAAAUGUGUUUAUCAA